UGUGCUUUAUGUGACGUCACAGUCUAAGGGAAUGACAGAUCGUGCUACACCAGCUGCCUAAAGGCUAAGAUGAGCAGAACAUGAAUGAAAAGAUGCUCCUUCUUUCUUUCUGAAGACAUCAGAUUCCAUCUUUAGAAAAAAAUGUUACUACAGGAUCUGAGCCAAUGAUGCUGGGCUCACCUACAUCUCCAAAGCUAGGAGUUAACGCCCAGUUCUUACCUGGAUUUUUAAUGGGGGAUUUACCAGCUCCUGUGACUCCGCAACCUCGAUCAAUUAGUGGUCCUUCAGUAGGAGUUACGGAAAUGAGAUCACCUUUACUUGCCGGAGGAUCACCACCACAGCCAGUUGUACCUGCUCAUAAAGAUAAAAGUGGAGCUCCACCUGUUAGAAGUAUAUAUGAUGACAUUUCUAGCCCAGGUCUUGGAUCAACACCUUUAACUUCAAGAAGACAGUUAAAUAUUUCAGUAAUGCAGAGUCCUGUUGUUGGAGUUACCACACCUACUUCAGGAACAGGGCAGAGUAUGUUUAGUCCAGCAAGUAUUGGCCAACCACGAAAGACAACACUGUCUCCUGCCCAGUUGGAUCCUUUUUACACUCAAGGAGAUUCUCUGACUUCAGAAGAUCACCUCGAUGACACUUGGGUGACUGUGUUUGGGUUUCCUCAAGCAUCUGCUUCGUAUAUAUUAUUACAGUUUGCACAAUAUGGGAAUAUCUUAAAACAUGUGAUGUCUAACACAGGAAAUUGGAUGCAUAUUCAUUAUCAGUCUAAACUGCAGGCUCGGAAAGCCUUAAGCAAAGAUGGGAGAAUUUUUGGAGAAUCCAUCAUGAUUGGUGUGAAACCAUGUAUCGACAAAAGUGUUAUGGAAAACAAUGACAGAUACGCUUUGUCAUCUCCAUCUCUGGCCUUUACGCCUCCCAUCAAAACCUUAGGCACACCUACUCAGCCUGGCAGUGCUCCGCGGAUUUCUACCAUGAGACCUCUUGCUACAGCAUACAAAGCUUCUACUAGUGACUACCAGGUUAUUUCUGACAGACAGACGCCAAAAAAAGAUGAAAGUCUUGUAUCCAAAGCAAUGGAAUAUAUGUUCGGCUGGUAGCAUAAUAAAAUCUAUGGACUCAGCUACUGAAGAAGAGUCGGCUGCACCAAAACGAAGUUAGCAGAGUACUGCCAGUUUGCUUCGGUUAGUUAUAUAACCACCCUUGGCAGUAUUGGAUUUCUAUCUCAUACUUUUUAAGCAGCCUUAGUUUUUUUUUUAGAAGGAUACAUCUUGUUUGUAGCUCGCACUUUAAAAGCUGCUUGAGUUUUUUUUGAUGAAAACUAAAAAUCACUGUAAAUAGAAUUUUUGUGUUUUCUGUGAUAGUGCAUGCUUAUACACAAAAAACUGCAUUGAUUACUACAAGAUAAUUAAAAUUGUUGUGAGGCCUCCUACUCUUUUGAAAGGGGGAGUUGAUUUCAUGAAGGGAAACUACAGCUGCUUCUCUCAACACCCAAAGAUUAUAAAAAUAGCUAUUUGAAUUAUGGUCUUUUAAUGUAGAUCAUAUUGAAUAUUUUACUUAUAUUUGUUUAUAUGUCUUGUCAUAGAUUGUCAUCUUUCAGUAUUGUGCAGCCACAACAUUCUUUUAAGAACUUUACUACUAAAAUUUCUUGAUAAUAAACUUUGUCAUUGAUAUGUUCUGAACAGUUUUUGAAAGGUGAUUUAUUUUGUCAUUUCAUUUCAAAAGAUUUUAAAUGGUAGCUGAAAUAGACAAAAUAUGUCAUGAGCCUCUAUGUGUCUGUACUCUAGUUUCAGUUGCUGCUAGGCUUGACUGUGCUUGAUAUUUAUCUGUUUUUUAUUUUGCUUAGUUACUUUAUAAAUGUUAUAUUUUAAUCUGCUUGAGAAUAUAUCAGAAAGAAUAUUUCCACACAUAAUUGUAUCAGCAUCUCAUGUAGUGGAGUUAAUAAUUUAUUAAUGUCUAAUAUCCAUUUUGUUAAAAUCAAAGUCUAGGCUAGAGCUCC